GCGUUAGAACUCGAGCAAAACGGCUGCCCAGAUUCCCUAUUCAUCCCGAGUCGGGCGGAGUCCAUGCGAACUGGAUAUAAAGGAUUUUAGACGUUUUGGAAAGAUUUAACGUUUAAACGAUUUAGAGAAAAGGUUUAUUCACUAAAUCCGAUCCUGUCCGAGAUGACAACGACGACCACUUUUCAAGGGAUGGACCCAAGUGCAAAAAACAGCUCCAGGGUUCUGAGGCCUCCAGGCGGAAACUCCAAUAUUUGCUUUGGCACAGAUGAGGAAAGGCCGGCGCGCAAGAACAGAAUGGCCUCCAACAUCUUCGCCGAGCCCGAGGACCCCCACGCCCAUCGGAGGAACAACCCACCCAGCGGAGAAGCGAGCGGAGUGCUUUGUGGAGAACACUCCGCCCCACUGAGGCGGUGCCACCAGCCACCAAUCUACCUAAACAACUCUGAACACGCAGCCAAACCCACGGAGGAAAACUACGAGCAAGUAAACCAUGAUCAGUCACAGGAUUUCGAAGCCCCUGAGGAAGAGCCUCAGCAGGAGCAGCAGCAGAAGGAGGAAGAGCAGAAACAGGCCUCUGGUGCCUCCUCUGGCCGAAGAAACCCUCCUGGUGGAAAAUCCAGCCUCAUCCUGGGCUGAGCUCGCUCACUGAUCUCUCUCUCUCUCUCUCUCUCUCUCUCUCUUUCUCUCUCUUUUUUUAAAGAUUCACUCUCUCUCUCUCUUCACUCUCUCUCUCUCAUCAUGUGAGCCAUGGGAUGAUUUUUUUUUCUUUUUGUCCACUACCACAUGUCUGUAUUAUUGUUUUUCUAUUGCAAAAAAAAAAAAAAAGAAAAGAAAAUGAAAGAAAGAAAGCUGGUUGGCAGAAGCACUUUAUGUAAAAGCUCCAUUUCAGCCCAUCGUGAAGAGCGCAGGCCGUGCGGGGGGAAGCAUGGGAGGCAAAGCAAGGACAAGAUUCGUCACGCUAAAUUUCUAAAGACAAAUAAAGAUUGAUAUGAAUUUCA